CUCAAACUAAUUCAAACGGAAACACAAGUGACAAAGAUGGCUGAAAUAUGGUUCCGGUUAGUGGUCGUAGUGAUGGUCAUGGUAGCUUGCACAUUUCCAUCGUUGGUGGAAUGCCGAGUCCGCCAUUACAAGUUCAAUGUGGUAAUGAAGAAUACAACAAAAUUGUGUGAAAGCAAGCCUAUAGUGACGGUUAAUGGUCGUUUCCCUGGUCCCACAAUAGUUGCGAGAGAGGACGAUACAGUAAUGAUCAAGGUGGUUAACCAUGUCAAAUAUAACCUCAGUAUCCAUUGGCAUGGUGUUAGACAAAUAAGGACUGGUUGGGCUGAUGGGCCAGCUUAUAUCACACAAUGCCCAAUUCAGCCAAAAGGGACUUAUGUUUAUAAGUUCACACUAACGGGCCAAAGAGGAACCCUUUGGUGGCACGCACACAUUUUGUGGCUAAGGGCUACGGUCCAUGGUGCAAUUGUCAUUUUGCCUAAACUUGGGGUCCCUUAUCCCUACCCCAAGCCUCAUAAGGAAGUUGUAGUGGUAUUGGGGGAAUGGUGGAAAUCGGAUACUGAAGCAGUGAUCAACCAAGCACAAAAGUUAGGUCAAGCACCAAAUGUCUCAGAUGCUCACACCAUCAAUGGCCAUCCUGGACCUAUCUCAAAUUGUUCGGCAAAUGGUGGGUUCAAAGUACCAGUGGAUCAAGGGAAGACAUACAUGCUAAGAAUCAUCAAUGCUGCACUUAAUGAAGAGCUAUUUUUCAAGAUUGCCGGGCAUAACCUCACAGUCGUUGAGGUAGAUGCAACUUACGUGAAACCCUUUACAACAGACACCGUUCUAAUAGCACCUGGACAAACAACAAAUGUACUUGUGACCGCUACUAAAAAGGCGGGCAAGUAUCUAGUUGCAGCUUCUCCAUUUAUGGAUGCCCCAAUUGCAGUUGAUAAUGUAACCGCUACUGCCUCGCUACAUUACUCUGGCACUCUUUCUUCUGCCGCCACUAACUUGGUGGCUACACCUCCUAAAAAUGCAACAUCAGUAGCUAACAAAUUUAUAAACUCGUUGAAAAGCUUGAAUUCUGUGAAAUACCCUGCCAAAGUCCCAUUGACUAUUGACCAUUCUUUAUUUUUCACUAUUGGGCUUGGGAUCAACCCAUGCCCAACUUGUGUGAAUGGUAGCAGAGUGGCUGCAAGUAUCAAUAAUGUCACAUUUAUCAUGCCAAAAACCGCGCUUUUACAAGCACAUUAUUUCAACAUUAGUGGUGUUUUUACUGACGACUUCCCUGGCAAGCCGUUGGUGCCAUAUAAUUACACGGAUACCCAACCAAAGAAUCUUGCAACGACAAGUGGAACAAAGUUAUACAGACUUUCUUAUAAUGACACUGUAGAACUUGUUUUACAAGACACGGGGGCACUCACCCCUGAGAGUCAUCCACUUCAUUUGCACGGAUUUAAUUUCUUUGUCGUUGGAAGGGGCAUAGGCAACUAUAACCCUGUUACCGAUCCUAAGAAGUUCAAUUUAGUUGACCCUGUUGAAAGAAACACGGUUGGUGUACCCGCUGGUGGUUGGACUGCUAUAAGAUUCAAAGCUGACAAUCCUGGUGUAUGGUUCAUGCAUUGUCAUUUGGAAGUUCAUACAACAUGGGGACUAAAAAUGGCAUUUGUUGUGGACAAUGGAAAAGGCCCAAAAGAGUCGGUUAUUCCACCUCCAAGUGAUUUACCAAAAUGUUAGAAAGUUUUAUGAGAAGUUUUCAUAUGAUAUAGUAAAAGAAAGAAGGUGAGUUACUAAAAAGUUCUUUUGGGCAGCCCAAUUAAGCUGUUCAAGGUUGAAUAAAUGAAGCCUAGUUACUAUUGGACUAAAUAUUGUAUUAGUGGCCCAUCCUUAUUUUUGUUUUGCUUUUUUUACUUUAUUUUUUUUUUCUAUUUUUGUUAUAUAUCAUUGAGUGGAUGUAAUUAUUUAUGAAAAGUAAUAUACAAUUCAAGAAGCUUUUAAAGUAA